GGUUUCCUCAUGCACGAUGGGAAUGGAAAUCAUCGUGCAAAUUAACUGAAUCUCAGUCAGUGGACAUGGAUAUGAAAUGUCCUCUUGGGCGUGAAUGGCUGACAGAUAAAGUGUCUCAUUUCGUGGCCGCGAGUCAACUGCUGGGCGGCUGCUUGUACUCUGCAAGCAGGGACAAGCAUCAUUGAACUAUGGCUCCUCAUUCACCAAACAGACGUACUUUCAUGGCCUGGGAAGUAGACAUGACUGUAAUCCCAAGAUGCAAAGAAAGGUUCAGAACCUUGGGAUUCGAAGGCCUCAAAGUUGUCCGUGACCGCAACCAUCUGUACAAGGAGGCAGCAGACGUUGCUGUUGCACAGGCCUUCCCGUGUCAUUUGCAAAGGCCUCACCGUGUCAUUUGCCAUGCAGUACUUGCCCUCUCCAAACUCUCCUGUUGUCUUUGUUGUGCUGGCGCACUUCCCCGUAUCCCCGUAGCACAGGCCUAUGCCUGGAUAGAUAAAGCCUCGAAGCAUUGGCUGCUGGAUUGGCUCUGUCUGUGUAGACGUCUCAUACCUGUCACAUCCUUGGGACCUGUUUCCUCCUUCUUGGCCUCACCAAACCAGUGGCCGUACGUCUUUGCAUGUUUGAGUUUGACUUCCGUGACAACGCAGGUCUCUUUGCGACCGCACGCCGAUCCUGGUUUCCGGGACCAUCGAUACCCGACCAUGUAAUAGUCGGUUUCCCCCCAGACUGUUUCCCCCUGAACAGACACGAACGCGGCAGCCGCUGAUUCGUCGGGUGUUCCUUCCCUUCUGACCUUCCGCCUGCGCGACGUCCCCACCUUGAACAUAACUCUGCAGUCCUUUUCCCGCACUUUCUCUGUGGCGGACGUGAGCUGGUGUUGCAGCGGCAGGUGCGGCUGCAGCACGUUGUUGUUCAACUUGUAGGUUCCAGCUGCAAUGUGGUUCGCUCAGACAAGGUAACAUGCAGAUCGACAGGAUUCACGCACACGCAACUACGACUGGCAUACCUGCAGCAGGCAGGAGGAAGGAGGCGACGAAAAGCACAGCGCCAGCGGUCCCCAUGGGUACUGGAUGGACGGAAUACGCUCUUCAGACGGUGUCCAAGCGAGGGACAUUCACAGAGAGGAAUGAAGCUCUGUCGUUUGCAAAUUAAGC